UUAUCCACAGCAAAAUGUUGGAAUCCGAUGUGAAACUCAUGAAAUUGAAAAAUCUAAAUUUAUUAUUGAAACAGCAAAUUAUCCAGCAAAUCGAAGAAACCGAAGAAAACGAAAAAUGCACCCAAUUAGCAAAAUCGAAUUCCGAUCAACACAAUAGCGUUUCCUACGAGAGCCAGCUCAGCGUGAAGGAAACCACAAUUCAGUAUUACAGAGAAGACGAAUCGUCGAAAUACGAGGAUCUUAAAGUGGUAUUAGCCAAUAUACAGAUAGAUGAAUCGACGGCCGCCUUGCAAGACCAAGUUUUAAUAGAAAGCUACGAAUUGAUUGAAAACUUAUUGGACCACUGUCUUCAGUACCUGGACUGCAUGAUACUCGAGAUCAAAUCCUCCUUGCGUUUCACGCAAGUUCUGAAUUCCUACGUAGUUCACGAAAACAAAAUAACGGGACCGAUAUCGAAUUCGUUGAAAAAGGUCUGCGAAACGGCCGAGCUCGAAUCGCUCGAAGACUUAAAAUCGAAAUUGUUCGUGUCCUUGAAUCGAUACGAGAACAUAAAGCAGCUCAAGCAGGAACACGAUCAAAGAAAGAACGACUACAAAUUGGCGUUGAAAAACUUCAAAAUCAUUUUGGAAGUGAUGAACAUUAAUCAGAAAUCUCUAAACAAGCUCCGACAUCAAUUCGAAGAUGUAUUAAUGAACUACAAACACGCUCGAGCUGUUUUGAACCAAGAACUACCGUUUGUACUGACGGAAAGGACGAAAGUCCUUUCGGAUUGUUUAAAAUUACUGGGACAUGAAUGUGAUGUUUGGGGUGGAAAUCGUCUCGACCUGUCACGUUUGCUAAUGGAAUUGGGUAACCUCAGUAUUGGUUAGACAUUUAUUAAUUCAUAAAAUAAUUUUAAGGUUUCUGUUAAU